GCUCAUCCGCCCGAGACCUCCAAGACUGAGAACCAUUCCAUUACACAUCAUGCCUGUAACCAAUUUCAAACACACCGAUCCGUACUCUUACCAGACUGGAUUUGACUCCUAUCAUGAGUCAGAGGCCGUCGAGGGAGCUCUUCCCGUAGGACAAAACUCGCCUCAGAAGGCCCCUUAUGGACUCUACACCGAGAAGCUUUCCGGCACCGCGUUUACAGCCCCCAGGCAUGAAAACAGACAAACCUGGGUGUACCGCAUCCUUCCGGCGGCCGCUCAUGAGAAUUUCCAGGCCGAGGAUACCGAUUCCUACCACACCACCAUGACCACCGAAACACACAAGCUGCACCAUAUCCCCAAUCAGCUCCGAUGGGACCCAUUUGACCUGGACGAGACCGUGGACUGGGUCCAUGGCAUGCACCUUGUUGCCGGCUCGGGGGAUCCCACGCUCAAACAGGGCCUGGGAAUCCUCCUGUAUGCGGUGGGGAAAGACAUGGGAAAGGAAGCUUUCUAUUCGGCCGACGGGGACUUCCUGAUUGUGCCCCAGCAUGGCGUGCUGGAUAUUCAAACCGAGUUGGGUCGACUCCUGGUUCGCCCGAACGAGAUCUGCGUGAUUCCUCGUGGUGUGAGAUACCGUGUCACUCUCCCUAAUGGACCAGUGAGAGGAUACAUCUGCGAGCUCUACCAGGGCCACUACCAGCUCCCUGAGCUCGGCCCGAUCGGAUCCAACGGCCUCGCCAACGCGCGAGACUUCCAAGCCCCGGUGGCCGCCUUUGACGACGAGGAGGAGCCGUCGGAGUAUCGCCUGUACAGUAAAUUCAACAAUACCCUCUUCUCCGCCCGCCAGGCCCACACCCCUUUCGAUAUUGUUGCCUGGCACGGGAACUACUACCCCUACAAGUACGACCUGGGCCGCUUCAACACGGUCGGGUCGAUCUCCUUCGACCACCCCGAUCCCUCCAUCUUCACCGUUCUGACCGGUCCCUCCGACCACACAGGCACUGCAAUUGCCGACUUUGUCAUCUUUCCGCCCCGCUGGCUGGUGGCGGAGGGCACCUUUCGUCCCCCGUGGUACCACCGCAACACCAUGUCCGAGUUCAUGGGGUUGAUCAGCGGAGAUUACGACGCGAAGACGGGCGGAGGAUUCCAGCCGGCCGGCGCCAGUCUGCACAAUGUUAUGAGCGCCCACGGGCCAGACAUGAAUGCAUUCGAGGGGGCUAGUAAUGCGGAACUGAAGCCGCAGAAGAUCGGCGAGGGAAGCAUGGCUUUCAUGUUCGAGAGCUGCCUUAUGGUCGGAGUAUCCGAAUGGGGCCUGAAGAGCUGCCAGAAGGUGCAAGAAAAGUACAACGCGCACAGCUGGCAACCUCUGAAGAGACAUUUCAAGAACCCUAACAAGCCAUCUGCUUAAUUAAGCAUCCAGCCUUGGAGCGCCCUGUAUCAAUCCCCUGCCCUAUUCAAACACUGUUGUAGCCAACGAGUUUCGUAAAUUGAACAUCCGUUGAUUAUUUCCUCAACACUCUCCUCACUCUUGCUAUCCAGAAAUCCAGUUGGCCCGAGACCUUGACCCGAAGGCACUUAAUUUCCUUGCCAGGCCUCGUAUGGCCGCCCGCGUGGCCAACGCAGUUGACACCUCCCGACGCAGUCACCAUUACUAGUACGGGGCAACACGAGCAACGCAGGUUUCCAAUUGGCCAGUAUAGUACCUGAAAAUGGUGUUUUAAAAUCGACCGGUAUGGACUGGUAUCUGUCUUGGUAUUAAUAAUAAAA